GUCGAGAGGGCAUCUGGUCUAAAGGAGCAGCUGAGAGCAUCAGUCCACACUGACCUUGCCAAGCGCAUGGCAGGGUGCCGUGACUUUGCGUCAGUCCUUGAUAAAAUCGGGAUAAAAGUGGAUGGCAUGCCGCAACCAUCCACUCAGCAGGUUGAAGCAUCUUUCAAGAAGGCGCUGCUUCGGUAUCACCCGGACCGGAUGGCGAGGCUCGGAGCAGGGGCGGACGUUCGGAAGCAGGUAGAGGCAGAGGAGACCUUCAAGAUGAUGCUGGAGAAGAAGAAAACGCUUCCCCUUGUUGCACCACCGCCUGCCCCACCUGCUGCUGCCCCAGCUUACCCAGAUUUUGGUCUGCCCAAGUAUCACAAGUUUGGCAGGAGACGUUAUUAUUACUAA